CUCACUUAUGACGUCGUUCACGUGUGUUUUCCAGCAUGGUGACCUCCUUCCUCUGUAAAUACAACCGGGUUUAGCAGAAAUUAGGACGAUCCUGUCAUUAGUUGUCACAAUGCGAAUGGACGUUUCAACAAAGUUUGUUGUUAUAUUUAUUUGAGUAGUGUAUUUAUCAAAUAUUGUAUCUCGAGACAUAUUUUUCCGUCUAGUUUAUAGAUCAUAUUCAUCCGAAGUAAUGACUGUGCAAAUGCCAUUUGCUGGACUAAUGAUUGCGCACAGACUGGUGCGUAUGUGCUCAUCCAUCCCAGCACAUUGCAGACACAGAGACGUUCUUGUACACCUAAAUAAAAGUAAAAGGGAGAUCAGGACUUUUUCAACUGGUUGUGUGAAAUGUAACGACAAUGAGAGAGACAGCUCAGACCCACCACCCUUGAACACCAAGCUGACAUCCAGACAAGCACUGCUGUCCAGGAGGAGGAGACCGCUGUCCCCACUGGAGAGGAUCAGUAGCCUGCUGCCCCAGGAUGCCCUGACCACCGAGGUGAUGCAGCUGAGAGAGCAGAACAAGCAGGAACCUGAGGAAGACACUAACAUCCAAAAGGAGCAUGCACUGGUGGCAGAGUCUUCAGAAGAGGAAAGUGGACAUAAGGCAAUUCGUAAAGAUGAUUCUUGUACAUAUGAUGCAUCUGAUGCAGCAGACAGCUCAGAAAGUCAGUUAAAUGGUGCACUUCAUCACGAGGAAAACAUGUGGAUACCAGCCACUCUUCCAGGGGAGAACUUUCUUGCCUUCGGGGAGCUGCUGAUGGCUGAGCAUCGUAAGAAAGGGCGAGUGGAGUACAGGAAGAUGUUCGAGCUUCAGACGGGGGCACGCCUGCAUAGCAGCUGGGGGAUCAUCCUGCAUGACGACAUAGCCGGGCAGCCCGCAGGUCGGACCCUGAAGACAAACAGAGGGGCUCCCAUCUUCAUACGACGGCCCAGUCUGGAUGAAUAUGUACUCUAUAUGAAGAGAGGCCCAGCCAUCGCCUACCCUAAGGAUGCAGCUGUCAUGAUGAUGAUGAUGGACAUCACAGAGGGAGACUGUGUGCUGGAGUCGGGCUCCGGGUCAGGAGCCAUGUCUCUGUUCUUGUCCCGAGCAGUGGGCUCCAGGGGCAGUGUACUUAGUGUGGAGGUCAGGGAAGAUCACUACAAGAGAGCCAUGCGGAACUACCAGCGCUGGAGGAAGUCAUGGAGUCUGCGGCGAGGGGAGGAGUGGCCUGACAACGUCCAAUUUCACAACACUGACCUCUGCGCUGCCUCCUCGCUCCUCGCUGGUCGGGGAUUCCAUGCGAUUGUUCUUGACCUGAUAAACCCACACCUGGUUUUACCCUCUGUGAUUCCACAUCUGCACUCCGGAGCUGUAUGUACCGUUUACCUCGCCAAUAUAACACAGGUCGUUGACCUGCUGGAAGGGCUUCGAUGUUUGGCGCUCCCUUUGCUGUGCGAACGCAUCAUCGAGGUUCCCGUCCGGGAUUGGCUGGUGGCCCCAGCCCUUCAGAAAGACGGGCAGCACUGCAAAAGAAAAGCUCCCAUCUUGGAUAAAGACCAAAGCGAGGAGGAUGAGACAUCAGAAGAGACUGAUGAAGCAGAGUCGACCACAGAGGGAAACCCAGCCUUCGGGAGCAUUCCCUACAUUGCCAGACCUCAUCCUGAACAAAUGAGCCACACAGCAUUCCUGGUGAAACUGAGGAAGUGUGUGCAGUAGCUGCUCCACCUGUAAGAAACCAAAGACAAAGAUGAUUGUUUCAUGCUUUAACAUGUCAAGUAAAUUAUCUCCUUACUGUAAAUAAUUUAAUAAAUAACAGUCAAAAUA